AUGGACGGUGCUCUGGACGAGGGGAACGAGACGCCCCGGUGGCCGUCGCUGUACAAUCCCAACCUCGAAUUCUUCGAUAUCCAGCACAGUCCUCCUAGGCAACCAGGGGCCACAUACCUAUACCACUAUGACGACAUAUUCAGCUUCACUUUGUACUGGACUCUCGUUUUCUAUACCCCCAUAUUCCUUUGCUGUGGCGCCCUCGCCUUUUUGAACAUCUCGUUUCCUCCAAAGCCUGCCUACGAGCCCUUACCAUCGACAGAAGAAUACCCAUUGGUGUCGCUGAAGCUUCAGCCAAGGGCGAGGAAGCCGAAUGAAAAGCGGUCGAGGGUUACCUUUGCGCUGAUCGUUUUCCUGAUGUUCUUGGCGAUGAGCGUCAUUGGUGCCGUGUUCGGGUCGACGGUCAUGUCACUUGUGGUAUUUGGAUUGUUUAGAGCCGGCAAAUACAACAUGUCCACUUGGGUACCAUUUGUCUCAGCAGCUGUACUGGUGCUCGUCGGUCUUCUCAAUGUUUGGCCAUCUGUAAUCUAUAUAAUCUAA